CGAAGAGAGUCAGCUUAGCUAGCAGCACCAUUUUAGGGAGACGCUUCGCGAAACCCCGUCUCAGGCAUUUUAUAAUUCUGAAAGAGAUCCACAUUCAAUUAGAGUUUGAUCAUUUUUACAGCGCUUAGUUACGAAGUUAGCAUAUUAUAGGUUAAAUUUAAACAGUAGACUAUCAGGACAUCCUACACUACUAUACUGUUACUUACGUUAGUUAGCUAACGUUGCUAAAGCUAACCCCAGCUGGCUGUAAGGCUUUUCUUGACCGACGCAACAUUGAGCCUGCGAGUGAAGUCUGUCAAAAUGAGUGCAGCCUCCUCCCAAAAGGUUGUCCUGAAAAGCACCACCAAAGUGUCCCUAAAUGAGCGCUUCACUAACAUGCUGAAGAACAAGCAGCCCACUGCGGUAAGCAUUCGAGCCACCAUGCAACAGCAGCAUUUGGCCAGUGCCCGUAAUCGCCGGCUGGCCCAGCAGAUGGAGAACCGGCCUUCGGUGCAAGCUGCUCUGAAUCACAAGCAGAGCCUGAAGCAGCGUCUGGGGAAGAGCAACAUCCAGGCCAGGCUGGGUCGGCCUGUCGGCACUCUGAUGCGUGGAGGACCUGCUGGAGGCAGAGGAGGAAUGCGGGGGAUGACCAGGGGAGGCCUUAGAGGACGAGCCAGAGGAGGAGCAAUGAGGGGAGCCCUGUCCCUGAGAGGGAAGCGAGCACCCACAGGUGGACCCAUGCGAGGCCGUGGCGCUGCAGGCCGUCUAGCAAUGCGUAGAGGAGGCCGCCACCGUGGAGGAGCACCUGGCAGAGGAGGAGCUCUCUCCCGAGGAGUAGCCAGAGGCCGUGGUGGACUACGUGGGCGUGGCAGUUUUGCUGGUCGAGGCGGGCGUGGCCGUGGGCGGGGCCGAGGUGUCGGCCGACCAGCUGUGACCCGUGAACAACUGGACAACCAGCUGGACGCCUACAUGUCAAAGACCAAAGGUCACCUGGAUGCUGAACUGGACGCCUACAUGGCCCAGGCAGACCCAGACAGCAUGGAGUGACGCUGAUGGACUGCCGCAGAACUCCCAGCUGAACUCACACAUCCAGCAUAGUGCAAUUUCCACAAGACUGAUGUGCUGAGAAAUGAUUGUUAAUAAUUUUAGAUGUGUGGUGACAGUCCAGGACUCAAGGAGUCACCUGAAUGUGCUUCGACCACCUCUCAAUUCUGCAUCAACCUGCUCCUGCAAGCCCCUUAACUGUGGAGUGACCGUGUGAAGGGACCUUUUUAAACAUUAACGAACCCUGCUGUCUGUAGACUUGUAUGCUUUUGGUUUGGUUUUUUUUAUACGUGACAUGAACACUUUUCAAAAAAAAUUGGGACAGACAUCUGUAAUGACUUCAAACGGCCCAGUGGAUGUUGUGUUAACCUUUUUGUUGAAAGCCAUUUAGUAUUUUUAAACUUAUUUUGAAUUUGAUUUUAGCAUUUGCGUGCUGAGACCUUUUUUGGAGUACGUCAUUGGCUUAUCCUGGAAACAUUUGCAAGGCUAAACUUUAUUUGUUAAAGAAUGUAAGUGAAAAGUUUUUAAGCCAAUUAUCCAUUUGUCUCUUUUGUAUUUAAAAGAUGUUUACUCUGAAGUGUUUUAUUCCUCUGUAUCUUCCACCUGUCAGCACACACAGUAGUAGCAUUCUUAACUUGUAUUUGAGAGCAUUUGUAUGACAUUACCCAGGUUUUAAUUUAAAAGGAAACAAUGACUUCCCAAUUGUAUGAAUCUGAAAUGCCCAAAGUAAAAUGUUGACCACAGAUCAAAUGAAGUGA